AUGCCGUUAAAAAUUUGCGCUAAUUUUAAUUGGAUUUUAUACAUUUCAACGUUCGCAGCUAACCUGAGUUUCCUAACCUACGGAAUAAUAUUGGCCUGGAAUGCCCCCACAUUGGCCAAAUUUCGUUCGAACAACACCGAAAUCAACCCUUUAGGUGAGCCACUCGCUGCUUUGCAGCUGUCAAUAUGCACGUCGAUAUUGCCGGUAGCAUCGAUAGUGGCUGCACUGGGAGUUUGCAAACUGCCCGACAUAAUCGGAAGAAGGAAAUCGCUGAUCUACAUAUUGUUAUUGAUUUUAGCGGGAUUUGUUCUCGUAUCAUUCGUCAAAAAUUUUUGGUUGUAUUGCUUGAUUUAUUUCGUAAUUUGCUCGGGUGUAGCCGCGAGCAGCAUAAUAUCGCCCACUUACACGGCGGAAAUAUCCGAAGCUUCUAACAGAGGUAUGGUUUGUUGUUUCAGUUCCAUAGGAAAAACUGUUGGACAGUUGUACAUUUUUGUUCUGUCCCCUGUGACGAAUUUCCGAUAUUUAUCGAUAUGUUGUGCGAUUCCGUCGUUAAUUUUUCUGUUGAUUUCGUAUUUUAUACCGGAAUCGCCCAUAUUUCUAUCGAUGAAGGGAAGAGAAAGGGAAGCAUUGGUAGCAUUAAAAGCAGUGAGAAUAAAUUCAAAACGCGCCGUCUUGCAAACGGAAUUGAAGGAAAAACAGGACUUGCUUCAAUCGAAGGGAGUAAAAGACGCUUUUAAAAUUUUGUUUAAAACUCGUGCUGGUAAAAGAGCCUUCUUUUUGACUUUAUUAGUGCGUACGUGUUGUACGACAACGGGUAUUAACGUUACUUUAGCAUUUGUGGGAGAUUUUCUCACAGAACCUGUAAAUCCAAUAGUUUCUCCAGAUAACGUUGCUAUAAUUUUAAUUAUAUCCAAAAUUAUAACAGCAAUUUUUUGUUCAACUUUUACAGAUAAAUUAGGUAGAAGAGUUUUCUUAAUAACAGGUUGCUUUCUGUCUUCUGCUUCAACUUGUUGCAUAGGAGUUUAUUAUUUAUGCAAGCAAUAUAAUUUGAACUUUCCGGAUAGUGUAAGAAUAAUUCCUACUAUUGCAAUAUUUGUUUUCUUCAUUGGUUAUACCUUAGGUUUCAGUGGAAUAACGUAUACUUUGUUAUCUGAAUUGCUCCCUAAUGAAGCAAGAACUUUGGGAUCUGGUUUAGUCAUUUGUAUUUCCAAUGUCACUCUAUUUAUUGUAUCUUUUUGCUAUCCUUUGAUUACAAAAUAUUUAGGUGUUCACUAUUGCAUGUUUAUGUUCAGCUUUAUGAGUGCAAUCAGUUUUAUUUUGCUGUAUAUUUUUAUACCGGAGACCAACGGCAAAAGCUUUUCAGAAAUAAGAACCAUGUUAACUAAUUCAAAAAUGUAA